AUGAUUAUAUCGAUUCAGAGAUGGAGGGUCUUGGUGGUCUGGUGCGGGUUACUGGACAUGGCGUUUGGCGGUCACGACGGGAAGACGGAUGGAAGGAAAAUUGGGCAGGACAGUUAUGGGGACAAGAGGAGCUCGUCAUUGUCGCCGCAAAUUAACACUUCUCGAGCUGCUGGGGAUGAAGUUAAAGGGGCUCCAUGGUAUUAUUCUACUACGUGGCCGUCCUUUGAAGAGAAUCGUACUGUGUCUUUGAAUCAGUCCUAUACGCCCCGUUUCGAAGUUGGAUCUCAAGGACCACCAGAUGCGAAAUUUCUGGCUUUAUGUUACACUACCAAUUUCCAAGCACCAGAAUCGGCCAACAUAUAUUAUGUUGUACCCCUGACAUACGAAUGUCCAAACAUUGACCCCUCUUGUCAAAUCGAAGACCAGAAAUCAGGGACGGCGAAUUUAGAUAUCAAUCUCUAUAAUACUAGUGCAGGCCUCUCUACCUUUACAAAGCCGAACUCAGCUUUCUUUCUGUGUUUCAGCAAUGGUAACGACCCUGUCGCGGGCUUCCUCUGCGAGUCUUACAGCCCAUACUUCCAGAUAUUACGCAGCCCCUCGCUUCUUAAUCAGAAAAGGGAAGACACGGUAGAUUUAGUAGCAGCCGAAUCAUCAUCUUUGUCGGCUUUCGCGAGCUCGUUUGUGGAAGCCGUCACAAGCUAUGCAGCUCCAGCGACUCCGCUGUCCGUCACGGCAAGCACGACAAUCUUUUUGCCUUCAGGAGGAUCAGUGAUCCCAGCGUCAACAACUGCGCCCAAUAUAGCCAUUUCAACAUCAUAUGCCUCGACUGUAACGACACCUAUAUUAACGCCAACCGGUGUCGACGGCUCGGCUAGUGCAACUGGUACCUCUGACUCAUCCACCUCCACCUCCACCUCCUCGAAUUCCAGCGGACUCUCCCUAGGCGCCAAAAUUGGCAUUGCUCUCGGCGCCAUAAUUCUUAAUCUUCUCCUCUCCUCCUCCCUCAAACACAACAACGACUCCAACUCCCUCUUCAUUGCCGAAAAACUCGCUCUCACCGAUCGCAGCGACACAAACACCCCUCUCACAUCUCGGGGUGCCGGAAUCCUCGGCGGAACAUUCGAUCACGACGAUGAUCUCCAUCAAGAUUUACCCGCGCCCGGAAGUGCCUUUACAGCAAACACACCUGUACCCAUUAGUCCGCGCCGCAGCCAGGCUGCCAACACGCUGCGAAGCGAAGCGAUAGGAAGUCGCGCCGUGAGCAUCGCAUCCGGGAUCUCACGGCCCGUAUCCCCCGUCAACAGCAGUGCGGCGAAUAAGAUCGUAGGCCUCAGUCGAGAAAAUAGUCGCGAACGUAUUGGCGAUAGGAGUAUCUUUGAUCAGGAACCGUAUACGGAUAAUAUAAGCGCAGGCGCAAGUAGUGGGGCGGUAGGCAUGAAUGGGGAUAGAAAUGGAAGUCGCACGAAUUUAGACGUGCCGAAAGUGUAUAAAGGGGCGUUACAAGCGCCUUUCCUCAGCGAACCGGGGAUGUCGGCUGAGGAGGUAGCGAGGUUGGAGGAAGAGGAGAGGAGGAUUGACGAGGCGAUUGCGGAGGCGGAGGAGGAGAGGAGGAGGGCGAGAGAAGCAAGAGGGAGAUAG